UCCUCAACCUCCAGCAUUCAUGGUUUCUCCCCAUUUAAAGACAUACCCCAACACGCUUUUUCUUUCCCUUUCUCUCGCAUUUCCUCUCUUCUUUAAGGUUUAACCUAUUGCCAUUUCGCUUUCUCCUUAUCAUUUUGCGGUUCUGCGAAUUUAUCUGAGAUUAAAGUAAAAUGGAGUACGAGGGAGAAAAACGAAUGGCUCUGGAGAAGUAUGAGUGUCUCCUUUUUGAUUUGGAUGACACCCUUUAUCCUUUGAGUUCUGGUUUGUCUCAGCAUGUGACGAAGAAUAUUGAAGAGUAUAUGGUUCAAAAGCUUGGCAUUGAUGAAAGUAAAGUCUCAGAAUUGUGCGUUUCCUUGUACAAGUAUUACGGAACAACAUUGGCUGGUCUGAGGGCUAUAGGGUAUAGGUUCGAUUAUGAUGACUUCCAUAGUUUUGUACAUGGAAGAUUACCUUAUGACAUCCUAAAGCCUGACCCUGUUCUUAGAAAUCUUUUACACAGCAUACCUGCCCGCAAAGUUAUAUUCACUAAUGGGGACAAAACUCAUGCUGGUAGAGUCCUUAGUAGACUUGGAUUGGAAGAUUGUUUUGAAGGAACCAUAUGCUUUGAGACUUUAAAUAAUGCAAAUAAAGGCAAUGAUCCAGUUGUUGAGGAAGAGAAUGGAGUUUUUGACAUUAAUGAAUAUAGUGCUGCUCCUAAUGCUGGUAUUGAGCUUCCAAGGUCGCCAGUUAUCUGCAAACCAUUUGAUGAAGCAUUUGAGCAGACCUUCAAGAUCGCGUGCAUCAACCCUCAAAGAACGUUAUUCUUCGAUGAUAGCCUCCGAAACAUACAGACUGGGAGCCGAUUGGGUCUCACCACUGUUUGGGUAGGCGCUUCUCAUCGAACUCUAGGCGUAGACUAUGCACUAGAGAGCAUCCACAAUAUGAAGGAAGCACUGCCAGAGCUCUGGGAAGCUAAUGAGAAGUCUGAAGGUGCCAAAUAUUCAGGAGAGGUUGCAAUUGAGACCCCAGUGGAAGCUUAGUUUAUAACUGGGUGACAAUUUUAUCUAUCCAUCUAUUUAUCAUUAACUUUAACUUCAAACGUAAAAGGUCAUAUUAUGGAGUAUCUUCUUUAAUCAUUCGCUCUUAAGAGAGUCUUUAACUUUGUAAUAGCUUUCAGCUUUUUCUCUCUUUUUAAUUCCUGUACUAGGCCUGUAGCAGGGUUGGCCUUCCUGCUUUGUUUUAUUUUGGAAAAUAUUAAUAAACUGAAUCUUCGAUUGACCA